AUGGUGCAGCGCCUGACGUACCGCAAGCACAUCCGCUACAACACCAAGGGGAACAAGCAGAGGAAGGUGAAGACGCCGGGCGGCAGGCUGGUCUUCCAGCAACUCAAGAAGAAGGCGUCGCCGCCGCUGUGCGGCGACUGCGGCAAGGCGCUCAUCGGCAUCCCCUGCCUGCGGCCGAAGGAGUACCGGCUCCUGAAGAGCCGCGAGAAGCGCGUGAACCGGGCGUACGGCGGCUCCCGUUGCGCAAGUUGCGUGCGCUCGCGCGUGAUGCGGGCGUUCCUCAUCGAGGAACAGAAGUGCGUGAAGCAGGUGCUGGCCGAGAAGAUGUCCCAGAGCAAGGAGAAGGCGGGGCCGGCCAUUGGUGCCUGCACGGUCGUGGUGGUUCGAGAAGGCUGGUACGGGAAGCUGAUCCCGUCCUCGCAGCUGAAGCGCUCGCGGGCGGACCACCUGCUAGGCCCGUUGCGAGACCUGCUGCAGGCGGUGUGGUGUGGGCGCGAACAGGACCCCGAGGGCGCGGGGCUGGCGCCGCAGGAGCGCGUGCUGCCCCGCCGGGAGCGGGCGCUGGACCUCCCGAACGCCGUCUGCGUGCUGGUGGAGAACUACUUCACGAUCGACGAGUGCGAGCGGUACAUGGCGCUGCUGCAGAGCGAGCUGGACUGGAAGAGGCAGCAGAUCGCGGUGCGGCCGAAGGACGACCAGGAGAAGGUCGUCGCGGAGCCGCGCAUGACCCUCUUCAUGUCCGACCCCGGCAUCUGCUACGAGUACUCCGGCAGGGGCUGGCAGCCGUUCGUGCUGGCCAUCAAACAGUCGGCGGAACGCUUCGUGGUCGAGUGCGGGCAGCCGCCGGUGACCUUCAACUCGGUGCAGUUCAACCGCUACAACGGGCCCCGGCACACGCUCGGCAUGCACGCCGACGACGAGCCGUUUGCCAUCAAGAGACGAAACACGACAGACGAGGAGAAGGUUGUGGAGCUCGCCGACGGCAGCAUACUGCUCAUGGGGGGCGCCAUGCAGUCGCACUACCUCCACGGUGUGCCGCCGGGCGGCCAGACUGGGCUGAGGUUCAACCUCACGUUCCGCGUCUGCAUCCCCCGUGAGUCCAGGACCGAGGCGGGGCGCGUCCUAGUCGACCAGGGCCGCAGGCGGCCCCCGCCUGGCGCGCCGCCGGAGGUGGGGGCGGAGCUGCGGCGCUUCGCGGAGGAGAACGGCCUCGACGAGCGCUGCCUCGCGGUGCUCCAGCUCGGGUGCCGCCAAAGGGGCAGGAUCACGGAGGCACGGAACACGUCGGCGAUGGCGCUCACGCGCCUGCAGGAGGCGCGGGCUCAGAUCGCCGCCGCCGCCAAGGCCGGCGGCGCCAAGGGCAGGGGCGCUGGGCGGGGCGCCCCGAGCGGCCUGCCCGAGGGGGGCGCGCCGGAGGCCAGCGUGGCCAAGGGCAGGGGCGCCGAGCUGGGCCCGAGGGCCCCGCCGGAGGGCGGCGCGCCGGAGGCCAGAAGCGCCAAGGGCAAGGGCGCCGGGUCCGGCUUCCAGCGCUUCUCCCGGCACCGCGCCGACGUGGAGGCGCAGUCCGGGCGCCCCCCCGGCCGCGCCGCCUGA